GCCUGAGUGCUACCAGCGGGGGAUUGUGGCUGUUUUUGCGUUUUGGGCUGGACGAAAGAGGCAGUCCUGCCUUCUGGGUGGCCGCUGCCGGGAAGGGUGGUCCGGUGUUCUGGCAGCCUGACCCCGUCUCGCCUUCCCGGCCUAUCCCCCAAUUUCCGCGGAGCCGGCCGCCCCCCGCUCUUGGGCGACGCUCCCCAGCCCCGGACACCUCCGGGCGUUGGAGGCCGGAGGCCGGGGGCCUGUACCGGGUCCUCGGACCCGGCGGCCGCCAAUGUGCCAUCCUGGCGGCGGAGCCUGAGCGCAGUCCGAGGCUCUCAGGGCUGGUUGCAGGCUGGAUGGACACCCUGGAGGAGGUGGCAUGGGCCAAUGGGAGCACAGCGCCGCCCCCACCCCUGGCCCCAAACAUCACUGUACCUCACCAGUGUCUGCUGCUGCUCUACGAAGACAUUGGCAACUCUAGGGUCCGGUACUGGGACCUCCUGCUGCUCGUCCCCAAUGUGCUCUUCUUCAUCUUCCUGCUCUGGAAGCUUCCGUCUGCUCGGGCCAAGAUCCGUGUCACCUCCAGCCCCAUUUUUAUCACCUUUUACAUCCUGGUGUUCGUGGUGGCACUGGUGGGCAUCGCCCGGGCGGUGGUGUCCAUGACGGUCAGCACGUCGGAUGCCGCCACGGUGGCUGAUAAGAUCCUGUGGGAGAUUACCCGCUUCUUCCUGCUGGCCAUCGAGCUGAGCGUGGUCAUCCUGGGCCUGGCCUUUGGCCACCUGGAGAGCAAGUCGAGUAUCAAGCGGGUGCUGGCCAUCACCACGGUGCUGUCCUUAGCCUACUCGGUCACCCAGGGGACCCUGGAGAUCCUGUACCCAGAUGCCCACCUGUCCGCUGAGGACUUCAACAUCUACGGGCACGGGGGCCGCCAGUUCUGGCUGGUCAGCUCCUGCUUUUUCUUCCUGGUCUACUCUCUGGUGGUCGUCCUCCCCAAGACCCCGCUGAAGGAGCGCAUCUCCCUGCCCUCGCGGCGGAGCUUCUACGUGUACGCGGGCAUCCUGGCGCUGCUCAACCUGGUGCAGGGCCUGGGGAGCGCGCUGCUCUGUGCCGACAUCAUCGAGGGGCUCUGCUGCGUGGACGCCACCACCUUCCUCUACUUCAGCUUCUUCGCGCCCCUCAUCUACGUGACCUUCCUCCGGGGCUUCUUCGGCUCAGAGCCAAAGAUCCUCUUCUCCUACAAGUGCCAAGUCGACGAAACGGAGGAGCCGGACAUGCACCUGCCCCAGCCCUACGCCGUGACCCGGCGGGAACUCCCUGAGGCUGUGGGGACCUCGGCUGCUUGCUACUCGAGCACGCAGUUCGACUCGGCUGGCGGCGUUGCCUGCCUGGAUGACGUCGCCUCCAUGCCUUGCCAUGCCGGCAGUAUUAACAGCACGGACAGCGAGCGCUGGAAGGCCAUCAACGCCUGAGCCACGCAGCCCCAGGCCCGUGGAGGGCAGGCCGGAGAGAAGGCCAGGCCCGGGAUCACGUGGUCCCGGCUGGGGAGGGCCAUGUCACAGAACCUUCCAUGGUGGGGGAUGCCCAGUGGCGGGCUGCCUUCAUCCCGGGGCUGGAGGCCUAUCCCUCACAGCUUCCCUUUGCCACUGUCUCCUGAUGCCUGUCCUCACCCUGCUCAGCAAUGCGGCCCAGACUUAAUUCCUGGGACCAGACCUGAUUCAGCAGACAGAGGACACCUCCUCCCUCCCAAGCCUUAGCACCCCAGGACUGGUCUGGCUCUCCUCACCAACCCCCCAUCCCGUCCCCAUCCCCAUCCCCAUCCCAAUCCCCAUGGUGCAUUGACCUCCUCAAAAGCCCACCAUGAUGGAUGGGCCAAAGCGUGUAUAUUUUCUCAAUCUAUUUUUUAAUAAAAAGAGAAAGGAGCAGGAGGCGUCCACAUGGGGGUUUCGC